AUGUGCUACGCGAGCUUAUGGCAUGCCGACCGCGACGAAGAAGUGAUGGCUCUCAAGCAAGACCGUCACCGUGGCCGGUCUCUUUUGACAGGCACUAUUGUCGUUUCCAUGGCACGGUUGCGUGAUGUCAACAAUGUUGAUAGCUCGUUCUUUCCGUUCACCGCCAUUGGGGUGGCGGUCGAGGGCACUUUCCGGUUGAUGUUCACAUUGUUUGAGAUUAGCGGGGGUGCUGUGCAUUGUCGCGGGAGGGUUUACUCUGAGAGUUUCGUCGUAUACGGCAGGGGAUUCCCGGGACUGGGAGAGAGCACCCCGCUUUGCCGUGCACUGGCUGAGCAAGGAGUCCGCAUUCGUCUGCGGAAUGAAUCGAAACUGCGGAGGUAUUGCGGGACGGCCGUUUAUUCUAUCAUUUCGAACAUGCAGGCAUUGACACGGACUCCCCAAUCGGUUUUUGCAGGAAAGCACUCAAGCGCAAACCGUCCGUGGAGGCUGCAGGGCCCGAAUCUUCCCUAG